ACCGUGUGCCGUAGUUCAAGAUGGAGACGUUGCUAUCUGGAAGCGUCGCUAUUUACAAAAAUGACAACAUUUAAAGAUAUAUGAAACUACGUGGCGUUUUUAGCGUUUACUGUAAAAAACAUCGACUAACCUGAGAUGCGUAUCUGUCAGCGUUUGAUUACAAUGAAACAGAGGUGUGUGUAAACGGACUACCUGAGGAAUAUUCAAGAAAAGCAGCGAGGAGAGGUGAAAAUCGUCAAUGGUCUUCAUCUUAAACUUGUCUUUUGAGAGAUCGAUAUGGCGCUGAGAGAGUUGAAAGUUUGUCUCCUGGGGGACACUGGUGUUGGAAAGUCCAGUAUAGUUUGUAGAUUUGUGGAGGACAACUUUGAUCCAAACAUCAACCCAACUAUUGGGGCAUCUUUCAUGACCAAGACGGUGCAAUACCAAAACGAGCUUCACAAGUUCCUGAUCUGGGACACAGCAGGACAAGAGCGGUUUCGUGCUCUGGCACCAAUGUACUACAGAGGCUCAGCAGCAGCCAUCAUUGUUUAUGACAUCACAAAAGAGGAGACUUUCCAAACACUGAAGAACUGGGUCAAAGAGCUUCGCCAGCAUGGCCCUCCUGAGAUAGUUGUCGCCAUUGCUGGCAACAAGUGUGACCUGUCAGACGCCAGAGAAGUGCCAGAAAAAGAUGCCAAGGACUAUGCUGACUCUAUCCAUGCCAUCUUUGUGGAAACCAGCGCCAAGAACGCCAUUAACAUCGACGAAGUGUUUACAGAGAUAAGUAAGCGGAUCCCCGUUGUUGAUGGUGCGGGAGGAUCCUCAGCAAGAAGUUUUAAAUUGGGACGACAGACCUCUGAGUCUCGCAGGACAUGCUGCUGAUGAUGCUGGUGCCUGACCCUGAGACCGGACUUUUACAUCCCUGCUUUGGCUUGCAGACCUCCACACACACUCACACACAACCCUGCUAAAUCACCCACACCCAUUGGACGCAGCAGUUCAUUUCUGACAGCAGCAGCAAACACAUUUUCACAACUUUCAACAGUAGCAAAUCUUCAGAUGUCAUCUUCUAAUGACUGGAAGGAGAAAUGCUUCAGGUUUACUGAGAAUUAACAAAACGCUUACUAAAAAUGACUUAUGAAUACUUCUGCAAGGGAAACUUUCCAUUUUCUGUGGCUGAAUCAUUUAAUUAUGUUCAUUAGAACAUAAUUUUCAUCCAAAACAUGCAAAAAAGUGAUUUAAUCUCAUCUACUUGUGUUAGUUGACCCUUAUGUGCUGCCAUUUUCUUUUCUUUUUGUUUGCAGCAUUCCUCUAAAAAGGUGUUCAUGACGGAACAUUUAUUGUUAAUGUGUAGUUAGUAAUUUAUCUAAGGUUCUGAAGGACGAAGAAAAUGCCGUCAGUCACUGCCGGAUUGUGCAGGAUUAACGCGUCGUCUGAUGUGUGAUUGCUGUUUCGACGUAGAGGGUAAAACAAUAAAAACACAGGGUUGUUUUCAUGUAAACACCAGUCAUGCAUUAAACAAUGCACAAAUGAAAGACUUCUGAGAGCGCACCUCCUCCAUAAGGAAGGAAUGGUUCUUCAUUUUGGAAGAUGAAUGUGUCGGUGAUUUUUGAAGGGGGAAUGUGGAGCUGGUGCCAUAAGAUGUUAGCUUUGUUUGACACGAUGAAGCCCGAGAGAGGCGGGCUAACUCUGCCAGAGAGUAAAUGAGCUAACCAGCAAUGUUAUUCUUCUUCUCUUCGGCUUUGGAGGAAAAUUCUGAUUUGCACUCGAAACGUUCUUAUGUGUAACACCUUGUUAUUAUAAAUAAACCCCUGUGAUCUGAAGGACUUACUGGCAGCUUCUCCCAACGCUUAAUCAGAGCCUAAAACGGUGGGUGUCGAUUAUUCCACGCUGCCUUCUGCAUCUGUUCUACAUUUCCUUCAACAAUCACUAAAGAUGUGUUAACACACUUGUGUUUAUUGUGCCCUCUCUCACACGUUCAUAGGCAGACUUCCCUGUGAUAAUCCAUCACUGAUGAGCCUCCCCGUCUUUAUUUGUCGUCUGCUGCUUUGAAAAAAGUAACAUAGCGAAGGCAGAUUUUUCUUUGGAUCAGGCCGUGCCAGAUUCUUUACUUCCCCCUAUAAACAUUAUCCGUCCUUCCUUUUUUCACCUAAUCAGCACCAGCUCUCACUAAUUGCUUGGUUUGUGAGGAAAACCGUGAGAUCUGGAAACUAGACCUCAUUUUGAAGAAACUUGAUCAAAUCUCACGUUAGCCAGUGGAGAGUCUUAUGUUGACAAGCUGAUCCUUCAUCCAGCCUUUGCAUCAAUUCUGCAAUGAAUCACUGGUUUCAGACUCUUUCUUGUGCCUCAUAUUUGUCAUGAACUCCAGUUCUUUACUGUAUCAUUAAAUCAUUGGACAGCAUAUAAGAAGUUUACCUUACAUAAUUAAUUUUCAUCGUUGUCUUUAUGCUAAUUGGAUGUAUUUCUCUAAUUGGACACUAGGGGCUAACCUGUAAACCAACACUGACUCACUAUUGUGCAAUUGUCAGGCCCGUCUGUGCAUAAACGUUCAAAGCUUCCAUAUUUUCUGGCCUUUCAACUGUUUUAAUCCAAGACCUGACUUUGAUCUCAUCCAUUCAGCCUCCAGUUAUUUUGAUAUCAUUUUGGGACGAUUGGAUAGCCUGUUUCCCCCACAGAUGGUGGUUGAUUGGAUGCAAAGUGCUGUAGUUUCAAAUGAAAAACCUCAGAGGAAAUGCUUUAAAUAUUCUCUUCUGUCUUCAAUAAUUCAUCCAGCACUACAUCAUAACACCACCUGUAGCUGGCUUUUACCCCAUCAUCAGCAAACGGGACAGCACUGUAGUUCCUAUAACACUGCACAUUUGACAGUUUGUGUUAUCGGACCUGUUUUCCUGCCUACUACUAUGUGUGCAGUCUUGUCUUGUGGAAUAAGUUGACAAUAUAAUCCUCUAAAAGCAUCUUGAGUUAUUUCCAUCUCUUGAUGUUACUUUCAGGUUUUUGCUUGGUUCUCGUUGCUAUGAAGACUGCGGUGCCAAAGCCAUUUUGACACUUGAUUUACUUGUAGAUAUGAAAAUAAUUACGAUAAAAUUCUAAUCAUAUGAAGGUUUGAUAAUUAAAAUAUUUUAUUUCUUCUUAGACACAGAAAGCAUGAAGUUAACCAUGUGUCUGUAGUUUUUUUUUUUUUUUUGCAUUAGAAAACAUUAAAUGUCUUGGGCUGGCCCUGGGAAUCUAUUAUUCUAUUUCUCUCUUUUACAGUGUGGAUUGAUGAGAUCAGAUUGCACCUGUUCUUUAUAUGCAGUACGUCUAUUAGCAGUGUAGUUGCCAUAUUUAGCUUGUUAUCAUGUCUAAUAUUGAUUGUGACAAAAUGCCUGAGAAGACUUGUUUGCUGUGUAAUUCCAAAUGUGUGAAAAAGGGAAUUUUCAGUUGUUUACUAAUAAAAUGGAGGGAAAAGAAAGUCAGAGUAAAGGUUAUUUUUUUAAAGAUUAUUUGUGUUGCUCCAGUGGCUAUAAGUAAUAAAUAAAUAAAUCGUGACACUUGA